UAUAACUUAGCCCUCUAAACCUCAUCUCUCUCUGACUUUUGAGUUCUCCAAUCUCUCUUCAUUUUAGCAAAUGUCUCAAGCCCUCUCGAAAUCUCCUAAACACUGUGGCGAUAAGCAAGGACUGAAAAUUAACAAGCACUGCAAGAAGCUAUUUGCAGCAUUCUCUACACUAUUCACUACAAUCCUCUGUUUAAUACUACUUGUCUGGCUUAUUCUACACCCCACCAAGCCUCAGUUCUCUCUCAAAGAAGCUGGUAUCUACCUCCUCAACCUCUCCGGAAGCAAUAACCUCCUCAACUCCUCCGUCCAACUCACCCUGCUUUCCAAGAACCCCAAUCAAAAAGUUGGCAUUUACUACGACGAGCUCAAAGUAUAUGCUCAAUACAAAGGCCAACAGAUCACAGUUUACACAUCUCUGCCUCCUUUCUACCAAGGACAUGAAGACAGCAAUCUCCUCACAGUUUCUUUGAUUGGAAAUGGUCUGCCUGUGGCUCCCUCUUUCGGUUAUGAAGUGGGACGUGAUCAGACGGCUGGGAGACUUGUAUUGAAUCUCAAAGUGCUCGGACGACUAAGGUGGAAGGUAGGGACUUGGGUGUCCGGGAGAUACAGAGUGAACGUGGAUUGCGUUGCUGUUAUGGCUUUCGGUCCUUCUCUCCCAUCAGGGCCACUCACUACUAGGCAGGGGACUCAGUGUUCUACCACUGUCUGAACUGCCACUACUAACAUGAACCACGGUGAUGACUAGCUUACUUUACUGCCUAGAUUGAGUUGUUCAUUUUGCUUGUACUAGCUAGUCUGAAUUUGAUUGCUUGGUGUUGAGGUAUGUUAUGCUGAUUGAAAAUUAUAGGACUUAGGGUAAUGAUCAUGUACAUAAGUGAAAAUGAAAAGGGUGUUUGCAACUUGUAUUGUGAAAUCUUAUCUUCUUAAGUUCUAGCAAUAGAAAGUGGGUGAGGAAAAGAUUGGUGUUGUUCAUGUUCUUGUAGAUUUCCAGUAAUGUGUUCUAAUCUUUUGAGAAGACAAGGAUGAAGAUUGAAAGAUGAGGAUUGUGUGUGUUCAUCCCCUUUUCCCAGUAUGGUUGUUGUUGUUGUUUUGUGGGCAGGAGGAGAAAGUGAAAGAGAUAGAUAUUGACGGAUAAAGACAUAAAAGAGGUAAUGAUAGGUGAGAUGCCAACCAG